UGAUACCAGCCAGUGCUUGACUGCUGCUUUGGAAACUCCCCUAAGGACGCCCCCUCGGCUGGCCCUGACUCCCUAUUUGAUGACGAGUUACUCUAUCCAAUAAAGAUAUCCAAUAAAGACGAGUCACUCUAUCCUAUAAAGGGCUGGCCUGAGAGGGACCUGCACAGGAUACUGAGACAGCACCUACAGCCUUCACAGCCUCUGCCCUCAGGCACCAUGAAGGUCUCUGCAGCAGCCCUCACAGUCCUCGUCACGGCCGCCGCCCUCUGCGUCCCUGCAUCUGCCUCUCCAUAUGCCUCGGACACCACGCCCUGCUGCUUUGCCUACACCCCCCGCACACUGCCCCACGCCCACGUCAAGGAGUAUUUCUACACCAGCGGCAAGUGCUCCAUGCCAGCAGUCGUCUUUGUCACCCGUAGGAACCGCCAGGUGUGUGCCGACCCAGAGAAGAAAUGGGUGAAGGAGUACAUCAACACCUUGGAGAUGAACUAGGAUGGAGGGCGUCUUGAAACUGAGCUUCUACAAAUUUUUCAGUUGCUGCUUGCUCUUGUCCUAACCAGCUUGGGAGGCUGUUCCCCCAAUCCUCUAUUCCCACCCCUCCCUGGAAAGCAGGGAUUCCACCAUAAGGCAGCAGUUAUAAAAGCUUCCCCCAUCUAAAGCCUCAAAAAUCUACUGAAGCUCUGCCCUAUGAACAGGCAGUCUGUAGGUUCUGAGCUGCUGGCUCCUCGGGCUCAGCUUGGCCAUGGCUUUGCGACCAGGAAGGAAGGUAGUGCGUCUCUAGAAGCAAGAAAGGAAGAAAACUGGGAUCCUACGGGAAUAUCCCGGGGCCAAGUCCCAUGUCAGCCCCCUCACUGGGACGGGAUGACUGGCAAACAUGAGAAAUCAACUUUCUAUUAAAAUUCUCAGUGCAGUUGCAAA